AACGGGGCUGUUGUGAAUACCUCAUCAACAAACAUCCAGAGCGGAGCACAAGUACAGAAGACAACCACAAUGAUACAGCCAACCCAGGCACACAGCGGCCAGCAGUACAUUGUCACUACUGCAGCUUUGGACCACCAACAGCUGGCGGAGCAGGCCCAACAGGAAACUAUCACCAUCCAGCAAGCUGGACAGUCUGUUUACCCAGCUCACCUACAGCAUAGCUAUGGUGACUACAGCCAAGGUACCAUGUAUGCCAAUGUUUCUGGCACUUAUUACCACACACCCCAGGGGACACAGAUAGCUCAAAUAAUGCCAGUCGGAUCUUCAGUACAAGCGCUGCAGGGGCAGAUAAUCCAGCAAGCAGGGGGAGGAACCUUUCUCAUUCAGAGCGGGACAGUAGACAGUGAUUGUGCCCCCUUGACUCACACUACCAGAGCUUCGCCUAUAACUAACCAUACACCUUUGGCUGAGCUGAGCAAUUUGCAUUCAAAAGAGGUUCAGUGGCUCAUCGACAACUACGAGACGGCUGAGGGUGUUAGUCUACCACGGAGCACACUCUAUUACCAUUACUUGCGGCACUGCCAGGAACAAGGACUUGACCCCAUGAACCCAGCUUCAUUUGGCAAGUUGAUACGAUCAGUGUUUCUAGGCUUGCGCACCCGGCGUCUCGGCACAAGGGGUAACUCCAAGUACCACUACUAUGGUAUCAGAAUCAGAGCCAACUCCUCGUUGAACCAGUUCACAGAUGACCAGACCAUGGCACUCCGACAGCAGCCAAUGUACACCAGCAAGAAACUAGCCAGCCAUAAGCAAGAAGGAGCAGAGGAUGAUACCGGACAGUCGGUGGCUCAAACAGGCCAGCCUGAAUCAGCACACUCCCAGCAGCAGCAGCAACACAGUCAUUUCCUGGGAGAUGUCUCCCAUGCUCUUCCUUCCUUCGGCAGUAUCAACAUGAGGUCCUUCCCCUUGCCAGAAGGGUUUGGAGUGGAUGACAUCAGCACAUUUGAGAAAAUUUACAGGGAGCAUGCAGAGGCUGUUGUUGAUGUGGUAGUGAAUCUUCAUUUCAACCUGAUUGAGAAUCUGUGGCAGAUCUUCUGGAGAAACCCAUCCCCAGAUUCCCCUCUAGAACCAUUUGAAAAGAUGGAGAAACGCAUGUCCAAGGAGAGGCUGUACACUCUAUGCCGCUUUGAGCCAGUUGUCAACUGGGUCAGGAAGUCGGACUACACGUUUUACCAGGCUUUGGUUGAGGUGCUGAUUCCUGAUGUGCUGAGACCCAUUCCUAGCUCACUAACACAAGCAGUCAGAAACUUUGCCAAAAGCCUGGAAGGCUGGCUCAGAAGUGCUAUGCAAAAUGUGCCUGAGGAAAUGUUUAAAACCAAGCUUGGAGCCGUGUGUGCCUUCGCCCAGACCCUGCGGCGCUACACUUCACUCAACCACCUGGCUCAGGCAGCCAGAGCUGUGCUACAGAACACCUCACAGAUCAACCAGAUGCUGGCAGAUCUCAACAGGGUGGACUUUGCUCAUGUGCAGGAGCAGGCCUCCUGGGUGUGUCAGUGUGAGGACCUUCUGGUUCAGCAGCUAGAGCAGGACUUCAAGGCCACCCUGAAGCAGGGCAACUCCCUGGAGCAAUGGGCCCAGUGGCUGGAGGGGGUGGUCAACCAGGUCUUGAAGCCACACGAGGGCAGUGAGCAUUUCUCCAAGGCUGCACGACAGUUUCUGCUCAAGUGGUCUUUUUACAGUUCCAUGGUGAUCAGAGAUCUGACCCUGCGAAGUGCUGCAAGUUUUGGCUCGUUUCACCUGAUUCGUCUGCUGUAUGAUGAGUUUAUGUUUUACCUGGUGGAGCACAAGGUGGCCACAGCAACGGGGCAGACUCCUAUAGCAGUCAUGAGUGAGGUCCGACAGUUCCAUGAUCUGAGCGGUGCUGUUAACCUCGGCACGCUAGAUGUUGAUGAUGAUGAAGAUGAUGACGACGACGAUGAUGAUGAUUCUUCCAACUCGUCACAGCCAUCGAUUGUGUCCUCCCAGACUCACGUAGUCCAGCGGGUGUCCAUGGUGACCUCGCCCAGUGUCGCGCCGACCCCAGCCACCCUGAUGUUGGUCACUUCCAACAUGGCCGGCUCCGGGGUCGGAGGUCAGGUACGCCAGGCUGGGGCAGUGGUAGGUCAGACAGGCGCGUCCACAGCGAUCACACUGAGGCCCACUGCCAAUGGGAUUUCUGCCACAGGAAGCUUGGUGGUCCUGUCAGGCAACUCAGUAGCCGGGGCCACCCCAGCCCACUCCGUCAGCGCCCCUUCUCAGGGAGGACUGCCCACCGCCCUAGCCGUGCGCACCGGCACCACGGCAAACCCCAACACAAACAAGACGCACACAAUCCUGGUGAUGCCGUUGUCUUCCACAGGAUCAGCUGACGUCCCCGCUGUUAAAAGAGUUAAAACAGAAUAG